UGUCAUUUUGUGUUUUCGUUUCAGCUGGACACCGCGAAAAGCAUGGAAUACUAGUUUUAGAGCUAACAAACCCCAUUAAACCACUUAAUUCACUUCCCACAUCACCAGCAAACAUGUUCCUCAAGCCCUACAAGAUCAAGUCGAACAACACGUUGAAAAACAGCGAGAAGAAGCAGCUAGCGCAGCGCGUGCAGGAUGAGUUUCCGAACGCGUCGGAGGAGACGUGCAAGCUGCUGGUGCCGAGCAAGGCGGCGGUGAGCUGGCUGCGGCUCACGGCGCACAGUGGCGCGGCGGCGGCGGCCCUGGUGGUGGACGGGGUGCCCCUGCUGCUCGAGGUGGACGGGCGGCUGCUGCCCACCGCGCCCGCGCUGUGGCGCGCCCCGAGCCUUGUGCCCACUAUCACUAUACACGCACCUGUGCUUUCUAAGCUCCAGAAUGGUGCGCCUCUCUACCUCCCCGGUGUGGAGAUCCCCCCACAAGGCGUGGGAUUCCCGAUGUUUGCUCGCGGGGCGGCUCUGGCAGUGUGCACACAAGACAAUGCUGCCGCUGCCGCUGUGGGCUGGGCCGCGUCAGCCAGUGUGGACAUGAUACUGAAAGUCACUGGUGUUGUCCUGGAGCCAGUCCAUAUAUUCGGAGACCUGCUGUGUCGCGAGCCCAAGUUCAACAAGAUACAGCGACCAUCACUACCGCCACCUAGUUACUCUAACUCACCAGUACAUGCUGCUCCCAGUGUCACAACCCUCCAGCCUGCAUGCGUGGUGAAGGAAGAAUGGCCGAGCCUGGGGCGGCCGGCGCGGGCCCCCGCCCCCGCCCCCGCCCCCGCCGCGGAACCCGAGCCCCCCCGGGUCAAUGAACCCCAGGUCAUACCUGACCGGAUAGAGGCUGUGGAGGACCGGCUGGGAGAUGACAUUGCUGAUAUGCACUUAGAUAAUGAUGAAGAUGAAAUGGAGGAGGACGACGGGUUCCCGACAGACAUGGACGCGCUCCUGCAGUACUGCCUGCUCUCCUUCAUCAAACUAGACGCGAAGAAAAUAGAACUGCCGCUUAAAACUAAUUUAUUAUAUAGAAAUCACCUGGUCCCGCUGUGUCCGCCCAACAGAACAUUAGACGUUAAGAAAUCCUCAUACAAGAAGAUGAGCAAAUUCUUAGAUGCCAUGCAAAAGGAAGGCCUGCUAGAAGUGCGCGAGAUAGAGAAGGGUGUGGACGCGGUGGUAGCGCUGUCUCCCUCGCACCCGCUGGUCGCCGCGCACCGCCCCCCCCGCCGCGCCGCGCCCCCCGCGCCCGCCCCCGCCACCGAGUACCGCCCCCCGCGCGUCGCGGAGAUGUUCUGUGUCACCGCCGCGGUGUUGGAGCUGUUCCAGCCGCUCAAGAAGGGCACGGCGGUGUCAGCGGCUGACGUCCGCAGCACCCUUACAGAGUACGUGAAGACAAGGAGCCUCGCCAGCCCCGGGGACAGGGGCGCCGUGGUGUUAGACCCUGUGUUGGCCAAGAUAUGCGGGAGGAAUGCACAGGAGACAAUGAAGUGGGAGGAGUUGAUGUCGGCGGUGCAAGGCAAGAUGACGGCGUGCACGGAGAUGCGCUUCGCGGACGGAACAGUCAAGACAAACAAGAGCAAGCUCGAGCCCGUCAAGAUGCAGGUCGCCACCAGAUCCGGGAAUAAGAAGGUGACGCUGGUAUCGAACCUGGAGUCGUUCGGGCUGUCGCUGCCGGAGCUGAGCAAGGUGUGCCAGCACGGGGUGGCGGCGUCCUGCGGCGUCACACGCGCGCCCGGCGCCGCCGCCGACCAGCUCAUGGUCCAGGGCGACCAGACUUACUUCAUCGCCAAGUUGCUGAUAGAAAAAUACGGACUUCCCAAGAAGUUUGUGGAAGGCGCAGACAAAGCACUGAAGAAGAAAAACAAGUGAUGCUCGUGAAAACUGUGACAGUGAAUGUGAAAAGUGUAAAAAUGAAAUGUAAUUAAAUUCAUAUUGAAACAUUUUAUUGAUUCGUUCAAACACCUGUGUUACAUUGUUAAUAAUAAUUUAAUGAAUACAAUUCAUUUUCUAAACUAGA